AUGUUACGAGUGCUGGUUCGAUCUGGAACCGAGGCAUGUCGAGCAGUCAGCACAUCCUCUGCCGUCCUCUCUAUUCCAGUCAAAAAAGAGGAUCUCUCAGCGAAAGAGAUUUGGGAACGACGUUCGAAACUCCGCAUUCCAAAACUUCAAAAAGAUGAGCAGCUAUCGUCGAAAGUCUACUUCGCACCAGAAUGGGAUUUGGAGCAGAAACCAAACAUGGAAGAAGGCUUUGUUGACCCACUGAAGGGAUACGGAAUGACUCCAGAGAAAUGGGAGUACUAUAAUAAAGUUGUCUGGCCACCAAAUUAUAUUGUGCCGGAGACUGGGCUUCCGAAAGCAAAAGAAGUGUUCCACUGCAAAGAAUCCGUUCACUUUUCGCCAAAAAGAAUGUGGGCCGCCUGUCAAUUGGUUUGGAAAAUGAAUGUUGACGAGGCUAUCACACAGUUAGAUAUGCAGCAGUUGAAGGGUUGCAUAUUAUUGAUGGAGACACUUAAAAAAGCUAAAACCAGAGCUGCUGACGAGUUUCAUAUUGAAUAUCCAUCGCAGAUGUAUGUUGCCGACGCGUUUCCGGUACAAUCGAAUAUUGUGAAAGGAGCUCGUCGUCAUGCUCACGAGAACUGGAAUACUAUCAGAUAUCGCUACAUUCACAUUUUUGUCCGACUUGAAGAGGGACCCGCGCCAGCUCACAAACAACGACACGCACCAAAAAGCGGGUGGGAUCACAUGGAUGAGUACUACAACUACCUCCGCUCACGAUCCGUCAAAUAUAGCAUCUAG